AUGAGAUCCGUUCCCAUUUUGGCGGGUUCGGUGCUGCUAGGCACCGUCGCCUACGCCACUGCUAAAUUACCAGGCCUCACUGGUAGGGCCCUUUCCGUCCUUGAGUCGGACAUGCAGGUUUCACACGGUAGCAAUGCCCUCUCUGGAGAUUCGGCUCCCGAUUUUGCUGUGGGGUCUUCCGCCGCACCAACCGAAGAUUUUGAUCCAAAAGCGUUCCUCGAGACUUACGAUGUGCCCAACUCCGAAGCCAAGGUGCUCCUCACGACGCUUCAUUCCUGGUUCGUGUCUCUGGGAGGUUCUAACGUCUUGGAUCUGGCUGCAGAUUUCGCUGCGCGCCAUGAGGUUCUUCACCAGCUUCUCACUCCGCCCACCACGGACGCAGACGCUACGCAAGAGCAAUCACCAAGCGUCGACUCCACCGGACAGGAGAAUGACGCCGAUCUCCCCCUGACGAACGCAAACGAAGCCUCUCCUUCGAAGUUAGCAGAAAUUCCUGAAGGCGGGAAUGAAAACGUCCCAAAGGAAGAGCCAGAAAAUGUUGAGGAGCAAGAAGGUGAGAGCGGAGCAGCAUCUCGUAGACUAGACGAGGCGCCUGAAUCCGAGCAGUUGAAGUCUGAAGAUGCAGAAGCUCCAGGCACGCAAUCCGAUGGUGAAGAUGAAAAUCCAGAGGAGCAACCCUCUGAAGAGGAAGAGCCAGAAAAUGUUGAGGAGCAAGGAAAUGAGGGCGAAGCAGCAUCUCGUAGACCAGCCGAGCAGUUGAAGCCUGAAGAUGUAGAAGCUCCAGGCACGCAAUCCGAUGGUGAAGAUGGAGCUCCAGAGGAGCAACCCUCUGAAGAGGGAGAGCCAGAAAAUGUUGAGGAGCAAGGAAAUGAGGGCGAAGCAGCAUCUCGUAGACUAGCCGAGCAGUUGAAGCCUGAAGAUGCAGAAGCUCCAGGCACGCAAUCCGAUGGUGAAGAUGGAGCUCCAGAGGAGCAACCCUCUGAAGAGGGAGAGCCAGAAAAUGUUGAGGAGCAAGGAAAUGAGGGCGAAGCAGCAUCUCGUAGACUAGCCGAGCAGUUGAAGCCUGAAGAUGCAGAAGCUCCAGGCACGCAAUCCGAUGGUGAAGAUGGAGCUCCAGAGGAGCAACCCUCUGAAGAGGGAGA